AUGUCUUACAGAGGAACAAAUCAAUUUAACAAUCAAUUUAGAGGGCCAAUUGGCGGGGGACAACCUCAGGCAAAUAUAGGUCCAGUUUCUAGCUCGAAAUCUGCUUUCGAUCAAUUUGAAGAUUUUUCGAAGAAAGUGGAGGACUUAAUUGAUGAAUAUACCGCACCUUUGAAGCCUUAUGUACCUUCCAUUGGUAGAGCAUUUAUCGUGGCCACUUUCUACGAAGAUUCCUUAAGAAUAAUGACACAAUGGUCAGAACAAGUCUACUACUUGUACAAUUACAGACAUCUCUGGCGUUGGUUCACGGUUGUGUUUUUAAUUUCCAAUGUGUUGGUUAUGUUGAGUGCAUCAACAUUGUUGAUCUUGAGAAAAAAACCGGAGGUAGCAACUGUUGCAUUAGUGUGCAUUGUUACCUUGCAAGGGUUGGCUUACGGUUUGAUUUUCGAUGGCCAAUUUAUCUUGAGAAACUUGUCGGUUGUGGGGGGCUUAAUCCUCGCAUUCUCAGAUACUUUGGUUAGAGACAAAAGAUCGUUAUCGAUGCCAGGCUUGCCAAUGAUAAACAACCAGGACAACAAGAAAUAUUUCUUGUUGGCAGGUAGAUUAUUAUUAGUUUUAUUAUUCUUAGGAUUUGUUUUUUCGGCGUCAUGGUCAUUUACCAGAUUGGUGAUCAUUUUAAGUGGAUUCGUUUCAUGCGGUUCAAUUGUCGUGGGAUAUAAAACUAAGUUUGCUGCUUUUAUUUUGACAGUCUUAUUGUUUGGCUACAAUGUUUUUGUUAAUCAAUUCUGGCAAUACGGUUCUCAUGACUCUACCCGUGACUUCUUGAAGUACGAAUUCUUCCAAACUUUGUCGAUUGUUGGUGGUUUAAUGAUUAUUGUUAACGCAGGUGCUGGAGAGUUAUCGUUGGAUGAAAAGAAAAAAAUCUAUUAA